AUAGGCGUUGACUCCUCCAUUGUACUGAAGGUUUCAUAUAGAGUUAUUGUGAGUCCUUUUGGGUUGCACACACCGCCAACUCAGCCUCGUUGCAGCCAAUACACGCAUUUUACGCAUAUAUACUUGCUACAACCGACCCGCUUAGCUGCUUGAACCGGCUGUGACCUGGAGAGGCACGCGCUUCCUUGCCGCUGGCAGCCGCGCGAGGAGCAAACUCUUUCCUUUACUGUUUUAGUUCAUCAUUGUGACAACUGGAAAGCGGCUCGGGUAUAUGCGGCGAGUGUAGCGAAGGCGGCUUGAUGGCGGCGAGCCAUGGCGGCCGCCGCCCCGCCCCGGGCAUCCAGCGUGCGGCUUGCAGCUGAGAGCGAGGCGGCGGUGGUUCGGCGCGAGGCGACCGCAUCUGCGGCCCCUCUGGCCCUCGUCUUGACAGCACAACUAGCAACCCGACGCAGGGGCCGCCCAGAGCUUGGGUCCGGCACUCCAGCAGCGCUCGGCGACGUCCGCUGUGAAAACAGCACUCGGCGACAGGCCUGAUGUUGACGGCGGGUCUGCGGCGUGACCUCACGCCCGCCAAUGCCUUUGGCAUCACCUUUUCGACCGUAGGCGUGCUGUGGGUCUUCACGCGAGAUCCGCUGACUCAUGGCAUCGUGUACGGCGGGCCGGUGGUGAUGAUGUGGGGCUGGGUGGGCGUGUCGGCGCUCAACAUCGCCACAGCGCUGUGUCUGGCGGAGCUGGCGGCCUGCAUGCCGGCGGCCAUCGGGUCGCUGUACGUCUUCACCGCGCGCCUGGCGCCCUGGCACAAGAAGGCGCUGGCGACGUGGGUGGCGGCCUGGACCAACAUGGCCGCCACCCUGGGCGCCACAGCCUACUACGCGCUGGCGGUGACACGCACGCUGGGCUCCGCGGCGCGACUCAGCCGCAUCGCGGCCUCGCCCCUGCCCUACGACCCCCGCGACCCCACCUACUCGCUCAGCCGCGGGCAGCUGUUCGCCGUGUAUGCGGCGGUGGUGCUGAGCUGGCUGGGCUGGGUGUGCGCGCCACUGGGCGUCACGGCGGGAUUCAUCACAGCCAGCUCGCUGUGGCAGGUGUUGGCGGGCAUAGCGCUGUUUGGGGCGUUGCUGGCGCUGACGCCCUCACCGCAGGGGGCGGACUUCGUGUUCACGCAGUGGACCAAUUUGAGCGGCAUCAAUGGCGCCGGCGGCUACGUGGUUUUGGAGGGGUUGCUGUUCGCCAUUGCGGUGCAGACCGGAUAUGAGACGGUGCUCUACUUUGUGGAGGAGCUGCAGCCGCACCGCCGCGGCCGCCGGCAGCACAGGUGGACACCGGCGCCCGCACAGGCCGCGCCGCCGCCAAAGCGGCCGCCGCAGGGGCAGCAUCAUCAUCACUACCAUCCACAUUCGCCGCACGCGCUUGGAUCAGCCCUGUCGCCAUGGCAGCAAAAGCAGCAACAGCAAACAUCGCACCAACAGCAGCUGCAGCAGCAGCAGCUCAUGCCGCCGCCGCCAGCGGCUCCCAUGCCGCCGCCCUUCGCGCCACCACCGCCAGUGGUGCGGCCUACAGGGCUGCCUCAACCCCACCACCACCAACAACAACAACAACUACUACAACAUCAACACCAGCAGCAGAACCAGAUCAUCAGCGGCAGUAGCAACCUGCCGCCGCAGCUACAGCUUGCAAGGCUGGCCGCCGCAAAUAACAGCGUUGGGGCACACGGCAGUAGCACGCUCCUAGCCAACGGCGGCGCCGCCGGGGGGCUGCCCAGUGACACACUCCCCGCGCCGAGCAGCCUUGCGGGCGGCAGCUUGGGAGGCGCGUACGACAGCGUGGGGCCGGACAGCAGCGCCGCGGGUGACCGGGAAAUGUCGUACUCGCUUGCGGGUUUGGCACACCGCGCCACGCCCAUCGCGCGGCAGAAAACCGGGCAGCUGCGGGCGGAGAGGGAGCGAGACCUGGACUUACAGCAGCAGCCGCUCCUGCACAUGCAGGGCUCGCAGCUGCUACAACCGCAGCUGCAGCCCCUGCCGCUACAGCCGUCGCAGCAGCAGCAGUCGCAGCAGCCUCAGGCGUCGGGGGCUCGGGAUUCAGCAGCGGGAGGUCAGGGCAGCCCGGGCCGCCGCGGCGCCAAUGCCUACCGCAGGAGUCGCUCCAUGGGCAAUUCGGCGCCGCCGCCGCAGCGGCAGGCGUCAGGGCCGCUGGGCGCCAGUGGUGGCGGCGGCGGAGGCGGCGGAGGCGGUGUCUCAACGCCACUGCUCGCGCAGCAGCAGACGCAGCAGUCGACGGCCUCACGGGCGCUGUCGGGGCAUCCGGCGGCGGGUGUGAAGGGCGGCCCGGCUGGAGGCUGGCGGUCUGAGUCCGUGGUGCCAGUCAGCAUCUUUAGCGGUCUGGCUGCCACCUGCUGCCUGAACCUGGUGUUCACGGCUCUGCUGCUGGCGGCCACGGGGCAGCGGCUGCUGGCGCGCAGUGUGGAUCCGCGCAACGAGACGCUGGGGGAAGACCCCAUGUCACAGAUCAUCUACGACAUCGUACGGCACGCGUACGGCAGCGGUCGCGGCGCGCCCGGGCUCAUUGCCGUGCUUGCCAUCGGCACGUACGGCACAGGGCUGGUGUCGGCGGCGGGGUGCUGCCGCAAGAUGUGGGCGAUGGGGAGUGAUGGGUUCGUGCCGACGUGGCUGUCAGCCGUGUCGGCAGUGACACGCGUGCCCGUGCUGGCGGCGAUCGCCACGCUGGGCGUGUGCCUGCUGCCCGGCCUGUUGCUGCUCGCUGCUGACUGGGUGGCGGAGGCGCUGCUGUCCUUCGUGACGGUGGUGGCGACCUUUGGCUACCUGCUGCCCAUAGCGCUGCGGCUCAUGCCGCACAACCGCAGCCGCGGCGGCGGCGGCAGCGGCGCGGGCGGGAGCGGCGGCGGCGGAGCAACGGCCUACGGCGACGGCGACGCAAGCGGUGGCGGUGGUGGAGGAGGUGGUGGUGGUGGUGGAGGUGGAGGUGGAGGUGCUGGUGCUGGCGGCUCGGCGCCCAGGGGAUUGGACUAUGAGGCAGUGGCGCGGCGCGUGGCGGAGCGCGGCGGCUUCACUUUGGGCCGGGCCAGCCGGCCCCUCUUCUGGCUCUCCAGCUGCUGGCUGGUCCUCAUCAUGCUGCUGGCGCUGCUGCCCGGCACCUGGCCGCUGACGGCGCCGCAAGCCAACUGGGGGCUGGUCAGCAGCUGCGCCGUGGCGACAGCCAUCGCGCUGUCGUGGUGGCUGCCGCGCUGGGGCGCGCGGCACUGGUUCAGGGGACUGGCGAGCGUGGGCGGCGUGUCGUUUUGCUGAUGGGGAGCAGGCGGCGGGAUGGGUGGGGAGACAGGAGGAGAUAGGAGGAGACAGGAGGAGACAGGAGGAGACAGGAGCAGGAGGAGGAGGAGGAGAGGGAAGGGAUGGCUGGGAGCGCUGCGCGGCGCGGUACGGCAUGCAUACAUGCAUAUGCAUGCGCGCUUGUUGUGGCACCGUGGUGCACCGCUCUCUUCCGGGCGUUGUGUUGCUUGUGGUGAUGUAGGGAAAGGCGAGGAUACUCCUGCCACUUGAUGCUUUCUUUACGGAUGUGCUGUGCCUGUGUCCUAGGCAUCGGCGUGCGGGCAUGAGUAGGACGCGAAUGCAGAUCGCAGGCAGAGGAUGUGGGCGGGACCGCAUGCAGGUUUCAAGGGGCUUUAGCAAUCAAUUGAGUUGGCCCUGGUUGGCCCGGCAUCCAAGGACAGGAACUCACAUUCACAUGUGCUUAAAGGCUUGCGAACUAGCAAUGGCACAUUCGCAACAGCGUGUGAGUGUUGGACCCUUGACGAGUGUCGUUGACCCUUCUGCGCGCAACAAGCGCAGGAGACAAGGGAAAACGGGUGUGUUGUGGCGCUGUGGGCAGCAUGCAUGUGGCAGAGGCCACAUCGCUCGGUCUUUAUGGCAGUGCAAGGAGGCUUAGACGCGGAUUCACCGCCAAAAUUGGAUCUAUAUUCGUUUGACGAUUGCUCAAGGAGUUGAGAUGUGCUGCAUAAGAUGGCUGGAUAUGGAAUCAAUGCUUUGUCUGCAUGGGCAUGCCCCCUGGUGAGCUGUGCCGAUUAUGAAUGCCGAUGCCUAGAACUCAAUUCGAGGGCCAAGUGCAGCCAGCAGGCUGCUUGGUGGGUGGUGCAGGCGCUGCGUGGGAGCCUGGGAGGAUGGGUGAGUGGGUGGGUGGGUGGGGGAUGCUAAUGCAUGCAUUCCUUGCCCAAUCGUGUGGUGGCAGCGGCGGUGCGUGUAGCGCGGGGCGAUGUGCAGUUCUUGGCAUGUGUGGCGCAAAAAGGGGGAGCUGUGUCACCGGGGUCGGCACGCGGGUUGACACAUGUCGUGAGCAUUGUGGCUGUUCGCUUUAUGUGUUGGGUGCUAGAUGUGCAUGGGGCCAUGUGCACGGAGCCAGCCGGCCAGGCGCUGAGUCACUUCAGGCCAGGCCAGGCCGGGGCGAGGUUGCAUGGGAUGCGACAAGUGCCCUCUCCUUGUCCCGGCAGCCAGACCAGGGGGUCCCUGCCCCUUGUCAGAAAGUAACGCUGACAUGCGUCUGCGGGCCUGGAUGCAAGGGGGAGGUGCGGGAGCGCGAUGGCCUACAGGAAUACAGGAAGGAGGGACUUGGCGACGUUGUGCCGCGGUCGGCGGAAACCGUGUGACAUUGCGACGCCGGGGGUUGGCAUGGCGCUGAGGCGGGUGCUGAACCUGGAAGGCUGUGCAAACCCGACGCCGGUACCUAGCAUGAUGCAGCAUUGCGUGUCGGACAUACAGCCACGGAGUCAUGACUGGACAGCUCGCUCACUCAGUAGU